AUGUAUUUUUACGAACAAUUUUGCCAAGAAUAUCUCCAUACAACGUCAGAUAAAACUGAUUUUAAUCGUCAAUUUUCUCACUGUAAAAACGACUAUGAUCGUGUCGAAGUCUUAUUGAAAAACAAUGAAUAUAUCAAUUUCAUAAUAAAAUUGUGUUCUAAUAUUGUUAAUAAUUAUGAUAAAAAAUGUUCAAUAAAAGCAGUGGAACAACGUAAAUUGGGUAAUAUACAUUUUAGUAAAGAUCAAUUUCAACAGUCACUCACAUACUACAAUCAAAGUAUAUUAUAUGCGACACAUAACUCGGAGGAAAUACGUUUAGCGUAUGGAAAUCGUUCAGCUUCAUUAUUCCAUCUAAAUAAAUUUCAGCUAGCCAUUGAUGACAUUCUCUUAGCAUUAGAAAACGGCGAAGAUGAUGAAAAACGAAAACAACGGUUAAAUGAAAGGUUAAACAACUGUCGACAAAAACUAUUAAUAAAUAGCAGCAGUAGUCUGACGUUAAAUGAUAAACCGAAGGAAGAUUUAUCACUAGAACUAGAGAAGAAUAUUAUCGAAUUAAAUUCUCAUUCUAAUUCCAAAUAUCCAAGUUUUGAUAACACUGUCGAUAUUAGAAUAUCUAAAGAUAAAGGUCGCUAUGUAGCAUGUGCACAUUCAUCGAGUGAAAUGAAACCGGGUAAAAUUGUGAUGAUUGAAAAACCAUAUGCAAGUGUUUUGUUGACACCUUAUUUUGAAACUCAUUGUUCUCAUUGUUUAUAUCGAUUAUAUACAAUAUGGUAUCCAUGCAGAAAAUGUAUUACUGUCCGAUAUUGCUCAACAGAAUGUGAACAGACUGCUUGGACUACAUAUCAUCAAUAUGAAUGUUGUUUAAUAAGCUUAAUAUUAAAAUUAGAGAAAAUGCAAUUUUUGGGACUAAGAGUGAUGACAAAAACAAAAUGGCAAUUUUUUCAGGAAAGGAAAGAUGAAUUUAUGAAUUAUUUAAAGUAUUCAGUAAAAAUAGUAUCAGAAAAGAUGUAUGAAUGGAACCAAUAUGAAAAUAUUUUACAGUUGGAAUCACAUUCGAAUGAUAGAGAUUUAAAUGACUUGUUACAAAGAACAAUUAUUGCUUGUAUAAUAGGAUAUGCAUUAUCAAAAACAAAUUAUUUUUUAUCAGAUUCCAUGGACAAUUGUAAUGAUAACACUAUCGUGGAUGAAAACUUGAUUUAUUUAUGUUCGUUACUCGCUCGUCAUUUGCAAUCAUUACCGUGUAAUGCUCAUGAAAUUUCUGAAUAUAUCGAAAUUCCUUCGCAACCAUUAUCAUCUCAUACAAUUGAACUUGGUGCUGGUAUCUAUUGUUCACUGAGUCUCUUUAAUCAUUCAUGUGACCCAGCAGUUAUUCGAAAUUUUAUCGGAGAUACGGUUCUGGUACGUUUAUUGAAAACCGUCGAAAGUAACGAUGAAUUAUCCGACAACUAUGGUCAGAUCUAUGCAAUUAGUCGAAAGAAAGAGCGACAGACAAAUUUAUAUGAUCAGUAUUAUUUCAAAUGUUCAUGUACGCCGUGUAUUCAAGAUUGGGUGAUAUAUGAUCAAUUACCAGACGAACCUCGAUUUCGUCAAAAUGUUUCCAAAAACGAAUUUGAUGAGUUAUAUGAAAAAUAUCAGAAAUCGUUUCAGAACUUAAUCGAUGGGCAUUUGCCAUCUAGGAAUGAUCAAACUGUGUUCGAAACGUUUUUACACUUUUGCGAUCGUUAUGUUGAAAAACCAUGGAAAAUUUAUAACGGAUGUCAGGAAGCAUAUAAACAAUGUUUGAGUUCAUGUCAUCAUUCAAAAUAUAUCCAAAAAUAA